AUGCCAUAUGUGAAAGUAUGGACUCAUACAGGAGCUCAAAAAACUCAAUAUACAAAUGGAGACCGUUCAAACUUUUGGCUUGGCAUUCCAUUUGCUGACUCAGAAGACUUUAUGGGUGGUAUUUCAACUGUUGGUACAGUUCAAAUACAAUAUACUGGUGACAGAGACGGUCCAGAUGAAUUGAAAGCAAAGAAGUUUACAAAACCAAUAGCACUUUUCACGGAAGAUGCUCUUUUGAAGAUUCGUUCGAUGAAACCUGCUGGGGCUCCUCAGAUUGGCAUAACGACAGCUUCCAUCGAGCAGAUUUUGGCAGCAGGUCAGUAA